UUCCUCCAAUGCCAACAAAUCCUCAUCACAAUCAAAAAAACAAACCAUUUCUCUAUUCUCCCAAUAUAUAUAUAUAUAUAUAUAUCUAACCCCUCUCAUUCUUCUCACACAAACCCAACAACAAAAUGCUUGAAUUUAAUGCAUUCCACUUUCACCUCACUCACAUCAUUUUCUCCCUCAUUUUCAACCUUUCUAAAGCACAAUCCUCCAUGGAGCCAGUUCCCGCCUACAUCACCCACCACAGCUGGGAGCCUUCCGUCGCCAUCACCGUCGCCGCCAUCAUCUUCGCCCUCCUCCUCAUGGCUAUCAUCUCAGUCUACCUCCGCCGUUGCGCCCAGUCUCACAUCAUCAUCACCACCACCACCUUACCCUGCUCCUGCUCCCAGGGGAUCAACAAGGACCUCCUCAACACGUUCCCAACGCUCUUUUACUCCAACAUCAAGGACCUCAAUAAGGCCAACCAAACGCUCGAAUGCGCCGUCUGUCUAACGGAUUUCACUCACAAAGACUCGCUUAGGCUGCUGCCCAAAUGCAAUCACGUGUUCCACCCUCAUUGCAUUGAUUCCUGGCUGACAUCUCACGUGACAUGUCCCGUUUGUCGCGCGAAUCUCAGCCAGGAAUCAUCAUGCCAUGUUUCCAUAACCGUCCCUCCUCAUGGCGAGGAGGGAAGUUUGGGAAACAUGACGACAACAACAACAGAAGCCACCCAAGUUGAGCAAAGGCCAAGCAAUGACAUCAAUCAGGAUUGUGUUGGAGAUCCCACAUCGACUAGUGAUACUACCAAAAUAAUAUAUAUAAGCGAGGAACAACAUUCAUCUAGUGAGCUAGCUUGUGAGGUUGAGUUAGGUUCAAAUACGAAUGUUAGAAAUUCUACUAUCACUAAUAUUGGUGAUGGGGUUGUUGCGUUGGAGAGAAACCUUUCAAGGUCGAACUCGACGGGGCAUUCCCUUGUGGAGGAGCAAGGGAAGGGUGUGGAGAGGUACACGUUGAGGUUGCCCGAAGAUGUGAGGAGGUACAUUCUAGUGAACCAUGGAAGAAGUGUUCAACGUUCCGCGAGUGUUAAAGGGGGGUGUUGGAGUGACAGCGAAGAGAGUUACGUGGGGAAGAGGGUGGAGAAGAGGUGGGUGAUCUGCACGCCGCCAUUUGUGGCGCAACAUGAUUGAAGAAUUUCGUCGAACAAUUGGUCUGCGUUCUGCGUUGCGCCUUCUAUAAAGGGUCGUUGUCAAUUCUUGCAAGAGAUUGUGAGAGUUUGGUGUUACAGAGAUGAAGCAGAGGACUGAAAUGGAAGAAGAGUAGAGUUCUCAAUGAUCGAGUCAACUCGUUAUGUUUCAACCCUAUUGGCUUAUGAGUCAACUCGUUUUCUUUCUUUCCUUUUUUUUGCUUAUUUUUUGGGGUGAGAGUGUGUGGGAUCAGUGGCUCAUUUGCACAUUGUGUUAUUUAUUCAUUUAUAAUAUACCUAGUAUUGUUAGUCUAAUUAUUUUCUUAUCAUCUUGACUAUAUGAAUUUAAGGGCACUUGGUUUUGUCGGACUUUGUAAA